AUGACGUCCGAAGCUAACCGAGUGGUCGUACCCCAUCCUAAUCAACAAGUGGCUACCAUGGCCUCCCGUCUAAGGGACUUUGCUAGGAUGAACCCUCCUACUUUCUACGGGUCUAUGGUUGAAGAAGACCCCCAAGAGUUCAUUGAUGAAGUCUAUAAGAUACUCUUGGAUAUGGGGUUAUCCAAAAGUGAGAAGGCCGAGUUAGCCACUUAUCAACUCAAGGAUGUGUCUCAAGCAUGUUAUGUCCAAUGGAGGGAUAAUAGGCCAUUAAGAGGCGGUUCGGUGACUUGGGAGAUCUUCAAGAAGGCUUUUCUUGAUUGGUUCUAUCCUAGGGAGAUGAGGGAAUCUAAAGUGGUGGAGUUCAUUAGCCUUCCCCAAGGAGGUAUAAGUGUUCAUGAAUAUUCCUUGAGAUUCACUAAAUUGUCAAAAUAUGCUCCUUCUUUGGUUUCCGAUCAUAGAGAUGAAAUAAUUUGCUUUGUGACGGGGGUGUCGUAUGAUUUGCAAGAGGACUGUCAUUCGGCUAUGCUACAUGAAAAAAUGAACAUUUCUCAACUUGUGGUGCAUGCCAAUCAUGUGAAAGAGGCAAGAGAUAUCAGGAAGAGAUGA